CUGAGGGAUUUGAUAAAUCCUCAAGAGCAGUACGCCUUGCGUGAUGUCCUUUCCACAUUGGUUGAGGGCGAGUACCAGGACAAUGUCAUCGGAUCGGACGAAGCUAGUAUACCUCCCAAACCGACCUAUCGGAUACCCAGCAUCGCGCAGUUGAACAAGAACUACUCGGACCUUCUAUUCCAAGGCGAUAUUCGUCUACCUACUGCUCUUCUCUCUCAAAUAGUGGCAGGCGCGAAUACACGUCAAAGGCGUACAGCUUUCCGGAAUGGGAAUUACCCAACCAUCAUUUGGGACAAGGGUGUCCCCUUUGCAUUUCAUCGAAGUCUAAAACCGGCUGGUCGGCGAGCAGUACUGGCUUCAAUUCAAUUUUUCAGACAUCACACAUGUAUCAAAUUCAGGCGACGAAAGAGGGAGCCGGUUUAUUUAUUGUUUACCGGACAUGAUGAGGGUUGCUGGAGUACGGUAGGAAGAGCCGCAUGGCAAGGGCAACAGCUUAUUUCCAUCGGACCUGGAUGUGAGCCGUUCGGGGUCUCUUCUCAUGAAGUCGCACAUGCUCUGGGCUUGUUUCAUGAGCAAUCCCGAUUUGACCGGGAUAACUGGAUUACAGUAUACCCUCAGAGAGUUCCUCGAUCACUGCUUUAUAACUACGCUAAGGUAGGCCGCCGGCAAAUGGCGACUUAUGGUACAGCGUAUGACAUCGGAAGCGUUAUGCACUAUACUCCCUUCGAGUUUUCCAAGGAUCCCAACGUACCCUCGAUGGUUGCUAAGAAUAUCAACGAGCAGGCAAAUAUGGGACAAUUAGCAGGACCGUCAUUCCAUGACAUUCUUUUACUCAAUAAACACUACAAAUGUCUAGGUCGUUGCAAGAAAAGAAUCCGGUGUUUCAACGGAGGAUAUCAAAAUCCCCGAAACUGUCGCAUAUGCAAAUGCCCCUUGGGUUAUGGUGGACGAUUCUGUGGAAGUAUGCAAGCGCCAUCUAUUCCUCGAUGUGGCCGCAAACUUUAUGCAACAGAGAAGCCAAAACGAAUUCGGGUGAAAAUUGUGCCUGCUCCACGGGCUGCUAAGCCACGCACUUGCGUGUUUCAUGUAAUUGCUCCUAAAAACACUCGUGUACAUUUGACAGUCGAAAGUGUAACAGCCACUUGUUUACCGGGAUGUUGGAGAGAAGCGGCAGAGUUCAAGGUCCGAGCUGAUAGACGAAUUACCGGCAACAGGUCGGAGAAGGUUGGAGACCUCAAGCCUCAUGACCAGGAUGAACCCAAGUUAUCGAAGAGUUCAUGCUCUGAAGUUAAGCCAAAGAGAAAGACUCCUUCCCGUGACGAAAUUGACGAAAAUGGAACUGGCGAAAGCGAGAAUGUUGUUUUCGGAACACCGGAACGAAUCAUCGAGGAUCAGUUUGAAAUCGAAAUACAAAGUCCGCUUCGGGAAGGUGAAACACCUCCGGCUGAGGCGGAAAAACCGGCCCGUGAUGGAGGUUCGCCUGCAGAGGAGUUCGAAGACUUCACGUCGUUAACUGACGAACUCCCUGAACUUGAUCCCGACCUGGAAGCCAUGGUCUAUGAUAAGGAUUUCGUUGAACUUGAUCCUUUGUCUUGA